CCGCUGCCCGCCGAGGCCCGGGCCUUGCCGGGUGUUGCCGGGGCGACGACCCGGCACCGGGCGUGCCCGCCCUCCCGCGCGUCGACAGCUCUGCCCUUGCUUCCGUGCCCUGUGGGGCCGGGGCCGGGCCGGGCUGAGCUGACCCGGGUAGGGCGGACGUGGGGCGGGUCCCCGCCUCAGGUGCGCCGCCACCCUGGGCCGGGUGGGUUGGACCCCGCGAGGCGCUCCCGCACUCCGUGCCCACCGUGCGAGGCUAUGCGGGGGUCCAGGUCGGCCCAGAGAGUUCCGGCCAGGUGAGGGACCACCCUGACUUGAGUAGUUGCCUCAUGGGCUCCCGGGCUGCAGGAGGGGACUGUGAAGAGUGUCUUGGCCAUUUGUGGCCAGUGUGGAAAGUUGAAAGCUCUGGAGUUGGUUCUGUUGGGGCCAGUGGUGGGGCGGCUUGUGAUUUUUCUUCUUAGAUAGUGGGAAGGCAAACUCUUAGAGCCCUGGUAGGUGCUGGACUAUUAGUAAAUGAACAGCGAUAGUGUCCGUGUAAGAUUUAGUUGCAUUAAGGUAUUUUUUUUUCCAGUACCAUCUUCAAACUCGGAUGAGGUCUGGCAGUUUAGUAAGUCUUCCAUCGAGUACUUCGGCAAACACACAAGGAUUGCAAAAAUACCCUUGCCUUGAAAGCCACAAUCUCUUUUACACCAGUGUUAAUUUUACAGGCAUUAUGGUCAUGAAAGCUUCUGUAGAAGAUGAUGAUUCAGGAUGGGAGCUCAGUAUACCAGAAAAGAUGGAAAAAAGCAAUACAAGCUGGGUGGACAUAACCCAAGAUUUUGAAGAAGCUUGUCGAGAAUUAAAGUUGGGAGAACUGCUUCAUGAUAAGCUAUUUGGUCUUUUUGAAGCCAUGUCUGCCAUUGAAAUGAUGGAUCCCAAGAUGGAUGCUGGCAUGAUUGGAAACCAAGUUAAUCGAAAAGUUCUCAAUUUUGAACAAGCUAUCAAGGAUGGCACCAUUAAAAUUAAAGACCUCACCUUGCCUGAAUUGAUAGGAAUAAUGGAUACUUGUUUUUGCUGUUUGAUAACCUGGCUAGAAGGCCAUUCCUUGGCACAGACAGUAUUCACGUGCCUUUACAUUCAUAAUCCAGACUUUAUAGAAGAUCCUGCCAUGAAAGCUUUUGCUCUGGGAAUUCUGAAAAUCUGUGACAUUGCAAGGGAAAAAGUAAAUAAAGCUGCUGUUUUUGAAGAGGAAGAUUUUCAAUCAAUGACUUACGGAUUUAAAAUGGCUAACAGUGUGACAGACCUUCGAGUGACAGGCAUGCUAAAAGAUGUGGAGGAUGACAUGCAAAGAAGAGUAAAGAGUACUCGAAGUCGACAAGGAGAAGAAAGAGAUCCAGAAGUUGAACUAGAACACCAACAAUGUUUAGCAGUAUUCAGCAGAGUGAAAUUCACUCGAGUGUUACUGACAGUGCUCAUAGCCUUUACUAAGAAAGAGACCAGUGCUGUUGCAGAAGCUCAAAAAUUGAUGGUUCAAGCAGCAGAUCUUCUUUCUGCCAUUCAUAAUUCAUUGCAUCAUGGCAUCCAGGCUCAGAAUGAUACUACAAAAGGAGAUCAUCCAAUUAUGAUGGGUUUUGAACCCCUUGUUAACCAGAGGCUACUUCCACCUACCUUCCCUCGAUAUGCAAAAAUAAUUAAAAGGGAAGAAAUGGUCAACUAUUUUGCAAGAUUAAUAGAUAGAAUAAAAACUGUUUGUGAGGUGGUCAAUUUAACAAAUUUACAUUGUAUUCUGGAUUUUUUCUGUGAAUUUAGUGAACAAUCUCCUUGUGUUCUUUCAAGAUCUCUAUUACAAACUACUUUCCUGGUGGAUAACAAAAAGGUCUUUGGAACCCAUCUCAUGCAAGACAUGGUGAAAGAUGCACUUCGGUCUUUUGUCAGUCCUCCGGUGCUCUCCCCAAAGUGCUGCCUAUAUAAUAAUCACCAGGCUAAGGACUGUAUUGACUCCUUUGUUACUCACUGUGUUCGGCCAUUCUGUAGUCUUAUUCAGAUCCAUGGACAUAAUCGGGCUCGACAGAGAGAUAAGCUUGGUCAUAUUCUUGAGGAAUUUGCUACCUUGCAGGAUGAGGCAGAGAAGGUUGAUGCAGCCCUUCACACUAUGCUGUUGAAACAGGAACCCCAAAGGCAACAUUUGGCCUGUUUAGGUACCUGGGUCCUUUAUCAUAACCUGCGAAUUAUGAUCCAGUAUCUUCUGAGUGGCUUUGAAUUGGAACUCUACAGCAUGCACGAGUACUACUACAUAUAUUGGUAUCUCUCUGAAUUCCUUUAUGCAUGGUUGAUGUCCACGUUAAGUCGUGCUGAUGGCUCCCAAAUGGCAGAGGAAAGGAUAAUGGAAGAGCAGCAGAAAGGCCGGAGCAGUAAAAAAACAAAGAAAAAGAAGAAAGUUCGCCCAUUGAGCCGAGAGAUCACAAUGAGCCAGGCAUAUCAGAAUAUGUGCGCUGGAAUGUUUAAAACCAUGGUAGCAUUUGACAUGGAUGGCAAGGUUCGAAAACCCAAGUUUGAGCUUGAUAGUGAACAAGUUCGAUAUGAGCACAGAUUUGCUCCGUUCAACAGUGUGAUGACACCACCGCCGGUGCACUAUCUGCAGUUCAAGGAAAUGUCUGACCUCAAUAAAUACAGCCCUCCUCCUCAGUCUCCAGAACUGUAUGUUGCAGCUAGUAAGCACUUUCAGCAGGCAAAAAUGAUACUGGAAAAUAUCCCAAACCCAGACCAUGAGGUCAAUAGAAUUUUAAAGGUUGCCAAACCCAACUUUGUGGUCAUGAAGUUAUUGGCAGGAGGACACAAAAAGGAAUCUAAGGUUCCUCCUGAAUUUGAUUUCUCUGCGCACAAAUAUUUUCCUGUUGUGAAACUUGUUUGAGAGACUGAAAGGGUCAUAAAGGGGUAGAAUCUACUUUCAGAUUCUAAGAGGAUCCAUCCGUCAGUCUUACCACGUAACGUGAAGUGAAAUGGAUUUCUUAGAUAACAACCUAUUAUAAGAAAUACUUUUAAUUUGACAGCCUUAUACGACGUGAAUGAAAACUGCUGUUUUAAAGUGGUUUGUUAUGUUCCAUGGAUGAAACUGGUCUUACUGAAUGCAUCGAUGAACGUUCUAUGGUUUUAUUACAGAUUUAAUCAUAAAUCAUUUUUUAUGAAUGA